AUAAAGCCCAUGCAGACUUCGAGUAAAUGUACGCCAGCUUCAAAACCUACACAAUAUUAAAAUCAGACAUAGAGAAGGUCCAUUGUGUCAGCGUUUGCUGCAGUAAAUCAUUUAACUAGCUAAAGAGCUGAUACAACAGAUACAUUUUGUUUUUCCUUAUCGGCUGUAAUAAACGGUAAUAUCUAAAAUGGUUAUGACGAAGAAAUUGAAGACCUUUGAUAUCAUUUUCCAUGACCCUACUAAGACUUAUUGCAGUGGUGACAAAGUAGCCGGGAAUAUUGUUGUUGAAGUGUCGGAGGUGACCAAGUUAUCCGCUAUGCGAGUGUUUGGCAUUGGAUGCGCCUAUGUGGGAUACACAAAAGGAAAGCAGAGAUGUCAUGAAGAAAUCGAUUAUCUUAAAUACGAAGACACAGUUCGGCUAGAUCGUGAACUAAGAGAUGCUGAUGGUUAUGUCACUCUGCGACCAGGAAACAGAUACGAGUUCAUGUUUGCAUUUGAAUUGCCCCAGUCAGGGCAACUAGUAUCCUCCUACAAAGGUAAAUUUGGUUACGUACAGUAUUAUGUGAAGGCAGUGAUGGAGAGGCCUUCCCAACUGGCCUUGCAGUGUGAACAACCUUUUGAGGUGGAGGAGCCUCUGGAUGUCAACACACCUGACCUCCAGAUGCCAGCCGCUGGGCAAAAAGAGAAGAGGGUGACUUGCAUGUUCAUUCCCGACGGCCAGGUGUCCAUCAGCGCCAAGAUCGACCGCAAGGGCUUUUGCGAAGGCGAGGAGAUAUGCAUAAACGCCAAGUUUGAGAACAAAUGCUCGCGCAUCGUGGUGCCCAAGGCGGCCAUCAUAGCGAAGCACAGCUACCAGGCUGGCGGCAGGACCAAGGUGUUACGGCAGAAGCUGUCGGCCGUGCGUGGCGACCACAUCAUCUCGGGCAUGUGCGAUAUGUGGCAGGGCAAGACCCUCCGUGUGCCCAAACUUAAACCCUCGUUGAUGGGUUGUGACAUCAUCCAUGUUGAUUACACUCUCAUGAUCUACCUCCACAUCCCCGGUAGUGAUAAACUGAUCAUGGAGUUGCCCCUGGUCAUCGGCACCAUCCCCUUCAGCGGCUUCGCCAGCCGCACCAACAGCAUGAGCAGCCAGGCCGGGUCGCUCGCCAGCCCCUCCAGCAGCUGGGCGUCUAUGAGGCUCCCCUCUGCGCCCCCAAGCUACAGCAACAUCUCCCGCGACCUGCGCAUUGACAGCCCGCUCACCCCGCUGCUGGAUGAUUGCAACAUAGACGAGGAAGACGGUCUCUUCAUGAGGGCGCCGGCCCAUCCGUACCCCCCACCCCCGGCGUACUCCGAGAUUGUUGAGGAGGUCAACGGCAGCAACCAUGUUCUUCAGCCUUGCUGAAGUCACAACCUGUCGACUUAACCAAAGUGUGUGCUGUCUGUUGCAAGACUAGAGGUCAGACUGUAAAGUUGUAAAAGGGAAGCACAGCUGUGAAAUUUGGAGAAGCGGGACCAUAACCCCAAAACAACAAUGGAACAGAGACUAAGAUUUUGGUCUCAGAACAGGUUAAUUAUACUCCGGUCUCAGCUAUUCUCACAAUCUCCAACGUUGAAUGUAAAACCUCAAUGUCAUAUAAAAUCCUCACAGAAGUUCA